GUAGAAUUUUCAGUAGGGAGGCAAGUUAAAAACCACUCAUUUAGCAAGAGAAGGAAGCUUUUAUCCCACGGCUCCAUUUUUCAGACAAAGCUACCAUCAAGAUCUGUGAAAAAUAGUUGUUUGUCAGUUGAGAAGAAACUUGAAGGUCACAGGAGUUACUACUGUGAAUUGAAUACAACUGGAGAACAGGCAUAUUGGAAAGCAAGAGAUUGUUUGCUUUCUCUAAAAACAGCAAUGGAAAAUCUUCAUCAGAAGAAUUUGUUUCCAUAUAACCCAGAAGUGCUUCUAAAGAGACUAAGAAGAUUUCAAGAACUCUGCUUUAAGCAAUAAUUCACAGAGUGACAUGCUCACUCAGGUAUUCCCGCUCCCUCAAUAUUUGCUUUGCUUUCAAGGUAUCACAGAAUCUUGGAUUCAAAUACAACCUAUCCCCUCCUGAGGUAAGAGUCUAAAACCUUGGCAAUUCAAAUUGCAGUAGCAUCAAUUAGAUGCAGUUUUUCUUGCUUCUUUCACAGCCAAUGUUUCUAAUUUCAUUCAUAAAAUAAAUUAUAUCAGGGUUGAAUUCUCACAACUCUGUUAGCAAAACCAGCUUUUCUCUAUAAAGAAGCAAUAUCUCUGAAUGUAUUGUUGCUCACCAAGGAGAAAUAUGGAUCGGUGCAUUGAGUGUAUAUUGCUUGUGGCCAAGACAAAGUCAUCACGAAGGACUUGGAAAGAAGACGAUUGAAAACUUCAUGUGGUUUUGAGAGCAUCGCCAUAUGAUCUGCACCCCUGACCUCCAAAACAUCUUUAGGUGGAUUGUUCUCGAUCAUCCAGCAUUGGAACUAAAUGUUUAUUGCUCUAUCCCCAUCGCACACAACAAAAACUCGAGUCACAGAUCCAUAACCUUCAUUGGUGAACUUCUUUGCCUUGGACAAAUCUUGUUGAAACAAUGAUCCUGGCCUAACCAAUGUUUUCGCCAGUUCCAGGUCCUUCAGACACAAAUUAACGUUUGUGUUAUAUAUCCAAAUAUGUACAACACAAGUAAUGUAGCAGAAAGAAAGCAAGAGAGAUACCUCAAUGGGGGAGAGCUGGUAAAGGUUGGAAGACAGGAACCUUGGUCCGGCAAUUACUAAGGAUAGAGGAUGUUCAGGGGUGCCAGAGGGUAUAAACUCCGUGUCCAAGAAUUCGUCUUUUGGGACAUCCUCUAAAUACUAUGGAAAACGUACAAAUUAGAUAAACAAUAUGAUCAUUAAAAUGCAAUGUAUAUGUGAUAUCCUAAACCCAAAACCACUAGAAGAUAAAUUCACCUGAUCUAUAACAUAUGAUGGCUUGUGAAUGGUAUCUGCCAUGAAUGUUGUUGGAGGCUUUGAUAGAGGGGGGAUGCUUUAUGCUGUAAUAAAUGUCUCUGAUCUGU